CCCCUGAUAGCAUGAAUCAAACGACUGUAAUUCCUCAAUGGGAAGAACCGUUAUACAUCCAAUGUGUUUUUUUAAACAAGAGAAGUUUAAAAGUAUAUAUAUCUAUAAACAAACGAAAAAACUCUAAAGUUUGUACAGUUGACGAUCUCUCUGCUAAGAAAAAAUCACCAUGGAGGAGAACCCACCACCACCCUACGAUGUUGACUUAGGUGAAAAAGACCCCACUGGCGGAAGCGGUGGUAGGAGCCGGAAAAACGUUGGAUUAAAUUUGGCAUUUGUAAAGACGCCACCUGGGUUACUGAUGAUAAUCAACAUGGUACUUCUCUUCUUGGCGUGGUGUAUUAUGGCUGGCUGGAGGGGUGAUGUAAACUACUGGUUUGCAGAUCGUAUUGCAGGCGCCACGUCCUUUUUCUUGUUUACAACAGUAGUACCUUGGCUCCUGUUAAUUGUUAUCUUCUUCGUUUUACUGUUUGGCUUACACACGAAACUUACUAUCAUCAACUGGCCUAUAUCACUGGCAAUAAACUGCUGCGUCUGGGCAUUUUUGUUGUUGAUUUCUUCAAGUGUUGUUGCCAGCAAAACUGAUGAUGAUGUUGUAUGGACAUAUAAUGGCGUAAUUAUUGACCAAAAAUACUCUGCUCUUCGUGCAGCAGCUGCGUUUGGUUUCUUCUCGAUGAUUGGUUUACUAAUCCAGGCUUUUUUCCACUUCAGAGAGUUUCGUGCCCCGUAAAUGUAUGCAAGUCUCAUAUUAGCGACCAUCUUUCACGUGAUGUGAAUGUAAUGGAUAGUAUAGCAGACUAGCUGAUUUUUUGUACAACUUCUUUGUAAUAUCGUUGUUGUGUUAAAUGUCUCUACUAUGUGUACGAUAAGGCAAUAUUUAAAUGCAAGCUGUGUGUUGUUGUUUGUGUGUGUGUGUAUUUAACGAUGUAGGAGUUUAAGAACGAAAUAUUUUAUUGGGUCUUUAUUUUAUCGCAAUGCUUCAAACGUGGUGUCCACUCUGUUAGGAAUGUCAGCAAUAGUUAGGACAUUUCGAAAUAGUCAUAGUUUUCAAUCAAAGCUCUUAAACGAUUUCUUUAUACUCCCUCUAGUCAUCAUUCCUCCUGGGAUUUUCGAUAUUUCAUAUCAUCAUGCAAAAUUACCAUGCAUGUGUGUGUACGUUUUACAAGCUUUCUAGAUAAAAAUUUUCAUUCUAUUUUUGUAGGAUCUAUUCUAUUAGUGACCGAAAUUAGCCUAGCGAUAUUUUGCAUACCAGAAUAUAUGGAAACUAACUUCA